CUGCUAAGGCGAAAACUGCAAAGUGCAAAGGCAAACUGCAGAGUGCACUGUGCAGAGUAACAACUAACAAGUAACAACUCAACAGUAGUCAGUGUCAGUCGACUAACCUCUAGUCAGUCGUGUUUGUUUAUUUAACACAGAACAGAGUUUAAGGUGAAGUGUAUCGUGAAACCUGUAGCUCGUUAUUAUUUAUUCAGUUCAUACUUCCCUCAAUUUAUUAAUUCCAGUUGAAUUCAUUUGGGGCUCGAGAUCCCAGUGUUGACAUCGAGCUAAACAAGGUUGUGAGCGGAAAAAUAAUGGGAAGAUCAAUAACACCGCCGAGGAGAAGAAGAAGCAAAUCCAGGGAAAGGGACCGCGACAGGGAUAGGAGGAGGAGAAGAUCCAGAUCCAGGGAUAGGGACAGGAGAGACGAUAGAAGGGACCGGAGAGACCGCCAUGGACAUAAAAGGUCAUGGUCCAGAUCUAAAUCUCCCGAACGAUUCCGGGAAACAACAGCCCCUCCUCAAAAGCAAAUAACUGAGGCUGAACUUGAAGGCAAAACGCCUGAAGAACAAGAAAUGAUGAAGUUGAUGGGAUUUUGUGGGUUUGACACGACCAAAGGGAGAAAAGUUGACAACAAUGAGGUUGGCUCUGUCCAUGUUAUACUUAAAAGAAAAUAUCGACAAUACAUGAACCGGAAAGGAGGGUUUAACCGGCCACUGGAUUUUGUAGCUUGAUGUGAGAUUUUACUGAAUUUUUUUUUCUCCCCGCGUGUUGUUAUACUUACUAUUGUCAAAUUAAAUUUUAAUAAUAAACUACAUUAUGGCAA